CAUAUGACAGUCCCAGCUGCGCGUCCUGAUGUCACUCGAGGACUCGAGCUCGGCACUCGCAGAGGCGACGCAAUGCGCCCCACAGCACCCUGAGCCAGGGUCCACCAGUUAGACCAGGGCGACGUUGAACCUCGGCCCGUAGGGAUGGAUGGAUGGAUCCUAUUUUCAUCAACCUCACGCUUGCUCCCUUCUCAUUCUCACUUGAUCUCAUUGUUACCUAUUGCUUGUUCUAUCGAUUCCGUCCUGCGCACUAGAUCUUACCUCAGAACUCAGCCAGGCCACACUCAUUAUCGCCAACACCGCCACCAUGUCGGAAGAACCGAGGACGACGUUACUCCGUCCUCGCACGCCGGAUCCCACCAAAUCCCCCAUCGAGACGACGCUCUCGGUGACAGAGCUCGCAGUGCUGGGCCCGGACAUCUUCACAAACACCCGUCCGCAAUGGACGCCGCCGGGCGCGCGUGGCAUCUACGGCGGCAGCGUCAUCGCGCAGUGCCUGGCCGCCGCCCAGAGGACCGUCGCGCAGGGCUUCCUCCCGCACUCGUGCCACUGCUACUUCAUCCUCGCCGGCAGCUCGGGCCUGCCCAUCCUCUUCCACGUCGAGCGGGUGCGCGACGGCCGCAGCUUCGCCACCAGGACCGUCCAGGCCAAGCAGCGCGGACGCUGCAUCUUCACCACCACCAUCUCCUUUGCCAAGGAGGACAAUGAGGGCAAGAAGACGGUUGAGCACGCCGCCGCGCUGCCGGACGACAUCCCGCCUCCUCCUUCAGACACCAACAAAAGCGAUAACGCCUCGUCAUCAUCAUCAGGACGCGGUGCCGGCCCCUUUGAGGCCACGCGCAUCGACGUCCUCCAUGGAAACGACCCGAACCGCAAGCCGCACGAGAAAAAGUGCCGUACCUGGAUGCGCGCGCGGGGCCGCAUCAGUCCCGAGGGCGGCACACAGGCCCACCUCAACGCGCUCGCGUACAUGUCGGACAGCUACUUUAUCGGGACCGUGUCGCGCAUCCACGGGCUGUGGCGGUUCCCCUUCCGGCCCUCCGAAGUCGGUUCCCUAGAGGAGCCGCUGCGGUCGCAGGUGCGGGGCGCGCUGGCGAACGAGAGCAUCGACGUCUCGGACGAGGAUGUGGCGCGCGAGUGGGAGGGCCGGCCGAGCGUGGGCAUGCUCGUCAGCCUGGAUCAUAGCAUCUACUUCCACGAGCCGAGCAAGGUGCGCGCGGACGAGUGGAUGUUUAGCGAGAUGGAGAGUCCGUGGGCCGGCGGGGAGAGGGGCGUCGUGAUGCAGCGCAUCUUCUCGCAGGAUGGGACGCUGUUGGCGAGUUGUGUGCAGGAGGGCGUCGUGAGGCUCAAGCAGGACGGGGAGGAGAAGGAAUCCAAGCUCUAGAUGGAUCGUUGACGCUGGUGUUUGGACAACAUGUUGUAUUCUGACGCGCAUAUUAGAUGUCUUGUUCCCCCUUGUAAUGUAUUGGAGAAGGGCCGGCCAUGGUAUGUUCAUUGAUAAUAGAAUCACAUUUUUGGGAGGGCACACAGGCGACAAUCACUCGUCCAACCUACCGUUCUU